UCAUCAAGCGGACGCGCGCGCGGCGCCUAUAAAGAAGAAACCGCGAACGCUUCAGAAGCUUCGAUUUCGCCAUCUUCUCUCGCGCUCUCUCGCUCGCUCGCUCUCAAUCUGCAGCAGGUUCAGUUCAGCUUCUUGUUUUAGCUUCGCUCGCGCCUUUAGUCGCUCGGCGGCGAUAUUGGCUGUGGUGUGGUUCAGGCCUCUGCGCUUCCCCCGGCGGCGCGAUCUCGUUGGCGGUCCGAAAAUGCCGUUGGAGUCGUGCUCGGAACGGCCGUUGUUUGGGGGCGCAAUCGGUAGCAGAUUUCCUAACAGAUUCGAGGAUGUGAGCAACAUCAGGCAAGUCCCUGACCACCAGGAGGUGUUUGUGGACCCUUCGAGGGAUGAGAGCUUGAUUUUCGAGCUCUUGGAUUUCAAGCAUGAAGUGGGAGAUAGCGGGAGUGCGGCGUGGUUUCUGCAAGACCUUGCCACCGAACAAGAUGCGGAACAAGGCAUGGUGAUCGAACAGUCGGCAGUGGUUGAGGCCCCUGGAUUGACUUAUAGAAACACACCCGCUGUCGUUACCACCGCAGUUGGACAGAUGGCUAUCUCCAAGGGAAGGCAGGGAAGGGAAGCACAAAAUAUAGUGAGGGUCUAUCUGGCCAAUUUGCGUCUGAAGGAAGUUGGGACAGAUGUACUAAUUGCUGCAUAUGAGCCUAUAUUAAUAAACCCUUUGAGCGAAAGUGCAAGAACAGUUGGUGCUGGAUUAACUGCCCCUGCAUCUCAAUCUGGAUACAUGCCCAUGGCUGAUGUCUUUAAAUUAGCAGUCUCCAGCUUCAAAGUCAAUGAUUGGAGCCUGUUUGGUUCUUCUGCUUGAAUUCAUAUCUAUUCAUAGUUUGUAUCAAAUCUGCAUUUCUGGAAAUAAGGGAGAUAAAUUGCAGGGCCCAGUACUUCUUGGGAGUCUCCUGACUUAAUGGCUAGUUUUUGUCAGGAAUGUGUGUCCAUCAACUUAUGGCUAGAAUCUCUCGAAUGGGUCCAUGAGAAGGGUUUGCAAAAAGCAUUGUUAGAUGA